AUGGAGAACAGGAACAUUAGAAUCCUUCUCACGAUGUCAUUCUUCUCUUUCAUUUGGCUCAACCCUGCUGAGGCGAUCUGCGUCCCUCGCAACUCCACUCCCGUCGGGCCAUCUCCGUCGCCUGACUCUCCUCCAAACUCCAAUGCCUCCCCAUCCCACGAACCGUCUCCAUCGCCAGAAUCGAUUCCUCCUCGACCCUCCAUGGUUGCUCCUCCACAAAGCUCACAGGCUGCAGAUGCCGAUCCUCCACCAACCAAUGUAGAGGCCACUACUGUGCCCAGGGGCAGCCUAAUACAGGCCGGAGGGGCCGACCUCGCGAUAAAAAAGUUGUGCGACACGACUGAUUACCCCGGCCUUUGCGUCUCCACCCUCUCCCCGUUCCUGGUUGGGAGCGCACUGUUGGCGGAGCCCAUCGCGCUGCUCCAGACAGCCAUUAAGGCAGCGACAGCGGAGACCAAGCUCGCGAUGAUGGUGCUAGGCAGGCUCAUUGAGAUGUCGUACGCGGACGCCAAGACCUUGAUGAGCCUCAAGGACUGCCACGACAACUACAGCGACGCACUGGACAACUUCCAAGCCGCAAUGGAUGCAAUCCCAAACCGGGACAUAGGGACCAUAAACAGCAUGCUGAGCGCGGCGGUGACGGACUACGGGACAUGCGAGGAUGAGUUCUCGGGGGGGAGCUCGCCGAUGGCCGGCCACGAUAGUAAGCUUAGCCAUAUGGCUGAUAAUUGCCUGGCCAUUGCUUCCUUGAUCAAAUGA